AACAUUUCAACAAAGACACCUUUAAUGGUGAAGUUGUGAUUUAUGUAUGAAAGAUUUGUUUGAGUUUGAGUUUUGAGCUGUGACAGUUUUAUAAUUUUCCCAAUCUUUAAAUUUUGAUACAAUUAAAUAUAAUUUGAACAUUCAAAAAUUUUAACAAAAAGCAUAAUGGACACUUUGACUUGGAUGGAUGUCGCGUUACAAAAGGCAGAUGAUUCGUUAAAAAUUGGCGAAGUCCCAGUUGGCUGUUUGUUUGUGUACGAUAACAAAGUCAUUGCUAUAGGUAAUAAUACAGUUAAUGAAACGCGUAAUGCAACUCGACAUGCAGAGAUAAACUGUAUAGAUCAAGUUUUAAAAUUCUGUAAAGAGAAAGAUUUGAACUAUAAAAAUGUUUUUCCUAACAUCGAUGUUAUCGUUACUGUAGAACCAUGUAUAAUGUGCACAUCAGCAUUGUAUCAACUACAAGUUCGUAACAUUGUAUACGGUUGUGCAAAUGACCGUUUCGGUGGAUGCAUUAGCGUUUUCGAAGUACCCAAACUUUACAAUUCAGAAACUAAAGUAAUAGGUGGCGUCAAAGGUGAUGUAGCAAUGGCGUUAUUGAAAGAGUUUUACAAAGGCACGAAUCCAAAUGCACCCGAGUCAAAAGUGAAAAAAGAUCGUAAAUCGACGAAAUGUUCGAGUACAGAGAGUGUUUAAUUUUUAUUUGAUUUUUGUUUUUUUUUUCGUCGACUAAUGAAAAAAGGAUUUGUUUUUAUUUUUGUACGAGUGAUUAGAUGUAUAAAUAAUGAACAGUAUACAAAUAUAUACAUGUUUCGAUAUGUUAUAAUUGUUAUUUGUUUUGUACUUAUCUAUAAGCGUGUAAAGAUAGUUUGUAAUAAAUAUUUAAAAAGAU